GCAAUACAGACGAAAACGCAGCCCUCUUUGAAAACGCCCCUCGUGUGUGAAUAUUUUGGAAUUAAAGGAACCUUUUAAAAAAAAAGAAGCAGUUGUAUUUUAAGGCCCUUUAUUUACCGUUUCCAAGUUCCAACUGUUUAGGACGGAGCAAUACAUCGGUAACCCCAUCCACACAAAAAAAAGGUCACGGAUGGAAUGAGAAGACCUCAAAGGCCUGCUCCAAAUCAUGGCCAACAAGAGGGGAGCCAGCAGCGCAACCCGAUCCUCUUCAUGUUUACUUGGCAGUUAAAACCCAUGGAGUUCAAUAUGACUUUUCCUUUCGAGUAAACGGGCAGCGGAUUGCCGCAUGGAUCAACGCGGAGCAACUCCUUGAGCCGUUGUAAAAUCCUGGAGAGCUGUGAGCCGGGAAGCAAACUCUUCCCAAGAAUAUCAAAGUUGCCCAUCCCAAAGAGCGCGUAUUCUCGCCGGAGAGCAGCUCCAAAGAUUUCCCAGUUGACCGCGCGUAAAACAAGCAGCGUGAUGACCACGCGGCAAAGAGCGCUUCCCACCGUUUUGGUCCAGAAACGCUGCCUUGUUUUUGCUGCGAGGCCGCCACCCGCCACCGCCACCCGCCACCUUCCCCCACCUUGCCGCGACCAGCUUGACCCCACCCCUUGUUGCCUGUGCGGGAGAGCGCGGGGAAGGGACAGCGCUGAUGUCACAACCAGGUCUUUAUAAGGGGGCUCUGUUUAAAAACUUUACAUUUUGACAGCAGCCGUUGUGCUGCAGGAGUCGAUGUUUUUACAGGCAGGCAGCCUGCUUUUUUGCGGGGGGAAAUGCAGCCUUUGCAGAGCUGCCAGCAUGUCCGGCCGUUUAAACAAAGAAAGAGUUUUGCAACCCGAGUAGAAGAAGUUGCAGGCAUAAGAGGGAAAUUCCCAACAAAAGUCCCAGUUAUUGUUGAAAGAUAUCAGAAAGAAAAGUAUCUUCCCCUGCUAGACAAAACAAAGUUUCUUGUACCUCAGGAGUUGACCAUGACUCAGUUUAUAACCAUUAUUAGAAGCAGAAUGGCGCUAAGUGCUACACAAGCUUUCUACCUGCUGGUAAACAACAAGAGUUUAGCAAGCAUGUCUCUCACACUGGCAGAAGUAUACCGGGAUUACAAAGAUGAAGAUGGGUUUGUGUACAUGACUUAUGCUUCUCAAGAGAUGUUUGGAGGCCUCUUAGUCAUUGGUAAAGGGAACGUCAGGCAUGUCUCCUAAAAACAUAAAUAUUCUCUUUGGUGACAAUUGUGGCUAGACAGCUGAGCUGUGAAUCAUGUGAGCUACUUGAAGAUGAAAGGUGGUCUCUCUAAAUAUGGGCUCUACUUGAAGGAUUAAUGGUCCAGGAGCUGGCAGGACCCAACUAAUGAACAAAGUGAUGGAAUAAACCGUCCUAAAUGAAUGACAUGGACAAGUAUUUUGUAUUUGGCUCAUUUUGUGCCAAAAGAAGGUAGCAAUGGUGCACUUCAGUGUUUUUUUUAAAGAUAAAUUAUGUAACUACUUUUAAAGGUGGUAUUAAAACUGGAGACCAAUGAAAAAUAAAGGGUUUUUAAAACCAGGUGAAAUGACCUGGGUAGGAAUGGUCUGCUUAAUAGCUGACUAAUGUGUGCACUAAAGACGUAACAUAUUCUUUCAUCAUUACUGUAGCAUUUGUUUGAUUCUAAACUGCAUUGUUGAGCACUGCAAAACGUAGAGCCAUUGUUGGCUUUUCGAUGGACCUGUUCUCAUCCGAGCCAAUUCCUCUCUUCCUCCAGAAGGAAUACUUCCAAGGGUGGGUUUACAGGUGGUGUUAGACUCUGACCUGUGGCCAUGUUUGCUAAGGAUGAUGGGAGUUGGGAGUCCAAUAACAUCUGAAAGGUUACAAGUUCCCAACCCCUAAAAAAGACCUUCUGAAACAGUAUUUUAAUAGGCAUUCACUAUGAUGUGGAGACAAAUUUCACCUUUGUGUGAUAUACAGCUUGGUUAAAUGGGCUGCUAGGCCAGGCUUCUGAGUACAGUAACCCUCAGUUAGGGAGUACUGAAUUAUCAUGAAUUAUAUUACCAAGGAAAAGAUUCUAUUGAAGUAUAUCUGAGGGCUUUUUUGCAAAGUGAAUAUGGAUUUCGAUCUGAAGAGAACCACAACCCAUCUUAAGAUCAAUUUUCAUCUACCAAUUGCAUACCUUAAACUUAAAGGUUGCCAAUAAAACAUGGCUUUAUGUAUGAGUUGUCUUUUCUUUGUAUUUUAAGAAGCUGCUGUGUUAGCCUACAAACCUUGUCAAAUGAUAUUAAGAGUAAAUGCGCUACAUUUUAUGAGUGUGCCUGCAGCUGAUAUAUGUGCUUGUAUUUUGUUGAUUUUUUUUUUUUUAGGAAAAAACGUAUCAAUCAAACCACUUGAGUUUUUGCCAUUACAUAGCUUAAGACAACACCUGUUUGGCAAGCAAGAGUAACAUUCUUCUGGCUCUUCCAAUGUCACUGCAUGUGUAUAAAAAGAUGAAGACUCUGAGUAGCUGAAAUGUAUGCUACUUUUCAAGUUGUCAUCCCGCAAGGGACUUCUCACUUGCAACCAUCUGCUUCUUGUUUUUCUGUAGACUUAAACUGACGUUUCAAGCUUUUUAACUAUGGACUAAUUAUCCGUAUUUCUAUAAAGAGUCAAAAUAGUUGUGACAUUACUAUGGAAAGGAUGGACUCAAGGAAAAUUAAAAUAAUUUUGCCUUUU